GGCACCCUCCCUCCCUGCUCCUCUUCUCCAGGCAUCUCGGCUGCAGCAGCGGGAGCGGGGAGCAGGCAGGCGUGCUCCCGGACAGCGCCCCAGCCUCACGACCGUCUAGCCCUAGGCAAAAAGCGGCUCCACAGGCGCCAUGCGGAGCACCCUGCUGUUGGCGGUCAUCCUGGCCCUCAGCCUGGCUCGGAGCCUGGGGGCUGUCUGUGAGGAGUCACAGGAGCUGGUGGGGCCUGGCGGGGGCCACCACAAGAAGGAAUCGGAAAGCCACCAGCUGGCCCUUUCGCUGCUCCGGAGGCUCUAUGACAGCCGCUCCGUCUCUCUGGAAGGAUUGCUCAAAAUGCUGAGCAAGGCUGGCGUGGACCCCAAGGAACCUUUGCUUCCCCAGAAGCGUGACAUGCACGACUUCUUUGUGGGACUUAUGGGCAAGAGGAACGCCCAGUCAGACACUCCUGUUGACGUGAGCCAGGAGGAUACCCCCAGCUUGGGCACCCUCAAGUAUCCCCCCAGUGUAGAAUGAGAUGCCCUGCCCUUCUCCCCCUGCUCCCCCAGUGGUGGCUGGAGGGAGUUUUACAGGACAGAAGAUGUGAUUUCAUGUUUCUGACCCUCCACUUCUAGACCCCCAGCUGCAUGGUGAAGACACCCGGUGUCCUCCCCCAACCCCCGGUGCACGUCUCCCACCUCUGUUCUCUCCCCCUCCUUGUCAGGCUCUUGGCUUUGACUCCUCCCCACCCCUCUAUUCCCCUAAUGCAGAAGCUGCAGAGGGCUAGCUCCUACCAUGUCCAGCAUUAACCAAAGGUCUCUCUCACUCUUCAAUAAUAAAAAUGUCUC